UUCAAUUACAAUAAAAAAGUGUCAAGUUUUAUGUAUUCAUUAUUUCUUUAUUCAAUUUUUUAAAAUUAAGGCGGGAAAAUUAUUGUACACUACACUUUGUUCUAAGCAAGCGCAAAGCUUGAGUCCAGGACUUGCAUUCUCCCGCCUAACUUUGCCAUCGAAUAAAAAUAUUUUAAAAUCUUCCGACUAGAAGGCAUGAAAAUUAAGACCUUACAGUAUCAAAAGAAGAUCGCGUCGUUAUUCAAAUUUAUCUAACAGGUAUUUUAAUUGUUUUUUACGUUGUAAUUUUAAUUACAUUAUUGUACUGUUUAGUGUUUUUAAAAAAAUAAUUAAAUGGAAAAAGGUUUUAAUUCUCUAUGUAUAUAUUGACGGAAUAAAAUAAUAUUGAAGUAACUGGAUGGCGUCAUCGUAGUUCAACUUACACCGCAUGUUGAGUCAAGAUUUUGUUCCGGCUUUUUUUAAUCAGUUGUAUUGAACAAUAAGAUUUGAUAAGUUGAUGACUAAAUAAAUCAAUUAAGUAAUCGGAUACUUUAUCAAGAGCAUUGUUGUCAUAUAUGUUACGAUGCCUUUGCAGAACGAUAUGAACGCUCCGAGCUUAUCGGACUUUUACUCACUCGUUUCCUGUUCAAAAGAAGAAUUCAUCGAGAUGUAUAAAAAAUAUGACAAAAUUCAUGCAGCAAAGCUUCAUUCACAAAUUGCAACUGAAGUGGCUAACACUAUCACCAAAGCUGAUGACACAAAUAAUUUUAAACGAUACUUUAAAUUACUUGAUCUCAUCAAAGAUUUUGAAGAUAAGGAGACCCUGCAGGAUUUCAACGAGAGCAUUGAUAAGUCAUUAAAAAAUUAUAAUUUUUUUAUUCUUGCUUGCAAAUAUAAUAGAUAUCAGAUUUUAAAAUAUAUAGUUGAAAACAGUACCACAAAUAUUGACAAAUGUUUAAUUGACCUGGAGGAUAAAGAUGAAGAGAAUCACAAUGCGUUUUAUUAUGCUAUACGCGUUGGUAAUUGUAAGCUCAUUGAAACUCUUCUGGAUUUGUGGCCUUCCCAAUAUUUAAUAAAUUUAGAUAAAGUAUACGAACUUCUUGCUCAAGCAUAUGAAGAAUUAAAAUUAAAAAAUGUUGUAUUAUCAGAUGAAGUUAUAACGCUUGUCGAAAAACGAUUGAUUAAUUAUAGAUUUUAUUCUGACAGUUCGGAUAAGAUUAAAAGUAUACAAAUUUCUCAUUGCGAUAUAAUAGAGCGGAUUGAAUUGGUGGUUGAUAAUAUAAAUUUACUUAAAGCUGAAUUUUUUAAUAUAAAUAAAUUAGAUGAAAAAUUUUUUCUUCGUGCAAGAUUUAUUGUUCAGAAUAUAAAUAUUUUAAAACGUCAAAUGAAAUUAACAUAUUGUAAAUUACCUUGGGAAGAAAUUGAAUUUUGUUUAAUUGCGUACAUUAAUUCUGAACAAAAAACUAAAUUGCCAAUUUUUAACUUUUUUUUAAGUAAAAGUAAACUACUAAGUCAUCUUGAUAUUUUUUCACGUAAACUUGAUAAUGAAAAAAUUACUAUUAAUAAAAUUUCAAUUAAUAGAUUGUUGACUUUACCAAAAUUUACUCGUGAAAAAGGCAUUGAUGAUAUUGUUAAAGUUAGUCCAGAGUUUAAGGAAUUAUAUGAUGAUUAUAGGCAGCUAAGAGACACUUAUUCUUUGGAAAUAAUUAAUCAGUAUUUAGACUUGUCAUUAUCUGCGGAUGCUAGUGAAAAAGAAGGGCAAUUAGUUAUAACAAGAACGUUACAAGUUAUUGGAGAAUAUGUAAAGAAUACAUGGGAGUCGCCAAAAAUGUCAGAAUUUACAAGUAAAUUAUUACUCUCAUCAUUGCCUUCAAAUAUACGACAAAUAAUUAUUGAUCUACGUAACUCAUUAUCUCACAAUAAUUCUCAAUCACAAAGACUUAACAUAGAAAAUGAUUAUUCUAAGAGUAAUUUUUUUUCAAACAUUCAAAAUGAAACUAAAAUAAUUAGUUCUGUAAUAAAAAAUAUUCUUUACAAAACUCGAACUCAUCAUAUUGCUACACUUUUAGAAACUAUUGCUUCGAGUCAGACUAGAAAUGAUAUAAAAAGUGCAUUAGAAACUUUCAAUUUUGAAAUAAACUCUACUUGGUUUAAAGAUAAAUUCAAAUUUUAUGAAAAUGAUUCUUUACAGAAAUUAAUCGACAAAUUAAAUUCUAUUAUAACAAAUAAAACUUCUUAUGAAAGUUUAUUAUUUGAUAAAUUAAAACUAAUGUCGAAGCAUCUUUAUUCUUCAGAAAAUGAUUUAGAUUAUACUUCUAAACUACUACUGUUAAAAGAGAUGCGUAAGCGUAUUAAUGACGAUAAUAUAAAUGAUAAUGGUAUCAACGAAAUAAAAUAUUUUGCUAAUCGAGCUUUGUUAAAUAUGUCACCAGAUGUUGAUUUAAAAAAUUGUCAAAAAAUUAUUUUCAACACACUAUUUAAUAUAGUAGGUAGUAGCGGACCUAGAAUUUCACCUGAACAGUAUGAUUAUUUAAUGCAAGUUAUUAAUACUAUUUUUACUCGAAUAGGAUUUGGUAUGCAUAAUAUGAAAUGGCUUGAAGAAUUACGCGAUAAGUUGUAUAAAAGUAAUUAUUCAUGGGAUUCGAAGAAAAUAAAUAACGUAGAUAAUUUAAAAGAAACUAAAAAUUCAUCUGAAAGGUCAAAACAAGAGUACAUUUUAAAAUUGUCGACACUGAAAAAUAUAAUUGAAAGUAAUAAUUUAAAUGAGGAUCUUACUAUUUAUCAGAAGAAUAAAAAACUACAGGCAGUAAUCGAAAUGCUGGUGUUGGAUAUAAUGUCUAUUUUAGAUGGUUCUAAAAACAUUUUAGUUGAUAAUCAUCUACUCUUAGAUAAGUCAGCUCCUCUAUUGAUUGGAAAAAAUUUGCGAAAUCAUUUAGCUCACGGCAAUGCUCUUAUUGACAUUCUAUUAUUUGAUUCUUCAAUAGUGAUAUUUUUAAAUGCUACUAAACUUACUACGGAAAAUGUUAUUGAGUGUAAUAAAAAAGUCGGUAAAGUAAUACAGAAUAAUUUAACUGAAUUAAAGUCAAAAUAUCAACAAGAUUUAAUGACCGUUAUUAAUCAAGAAGCUAUGUUUGAAUCAUUGGAGCGGGGCGAUUUCGAUACUUUUAAAAAUACUUUAGCCAGGGGGGCCGAUAUUCAUGGUAGAAGUAAUCGCUUAUGGACUGCUCUGCAUUUUGCUGCUAAAGGAUCUAACUGUGAAAUAAUAAAAUUUAUUCUUGAUCAAAAAGUUGAAUUCAAUGUAAAAGAUAUUAAUGGUCAAAGUCCUUUACAUGUAGCAGCCGAGUAUGGACAAACCGAUAUCGUUAGAUUUUUUUUAUCGAAAAAAAUUUCAAGUAUUGACGUCGUAGAUAAUUAUGGAGAAACGCCAUUGCAUAUAGCAGCUCAACGGGGCCACCGAGAGUUAGUUGAAAUUUUACUGAAAAAUAAUUGUAAAAUUAAUAUUUUUAAUCAUUCUGGCUAUAUGCCGUUGCAUUGCGCUGCAUUGAACGGCCAUGAGGAUGUUUUGAGAGUGUUAUUGAAAAAAGAAAAGAGCGUAGAUCACAGUAAAUCAUUUGAUGAUAAGUCCAUAUUACAUUUAGCUUCUGAGCAUGGACACACAGAUCUUGUUAAGUAUUUAGUCAAUCUUAAAGCAGAUGUAAAUACCAAGACAGGAAGAAAUGAAACACCUUUGCAUGAAGCAGCUCUCAACGGUCAUUUAGAGGUAGUAAAAAUUUUAAUUUAUAACAAAGCUGAUAUUAACAUUGCUUCUGUUGAUGGACUUACACCUCUGCAUAAUGCUGUUGAAACCGGGCGUGAAAAAAUAGUGGAAAUUUUACUUCAACACGGUGCUCAAUUAAAUAGUAUUUAUAAUCCGGAUAAUUAUGCAGCAAUAAAUCAUGCAGCUAAAUAUGGCCAUCUCAAUGUUCUUAAACUUUUAUUAAAAUAUGGAGCAAAAGUUAAUAUUCAAACGAAAAGAAGAAUGACACCGUUACAUUUUGCUGCUUUGUAUCAGCAUUUAGAACUCGUAGAUGUUUUAAUAAAAAAUAAAGCACUACUCGAUGUUAAAGAUAUUGAGGGUUUUACUCCAUUACAUUUUGCUUGUAUAAAAGGUAAUGAGCAAAUUCUAAAUUGUUAGGAUAAUGGUGCAUCAAUUAAUAUUAAAGAUAAUAACAAUCAAACACCUUUACAUGUAGCAGCUAGACACGGUCAAAUAGAAGCCGUUAAAGUUUUGAUAGCUAAAGGUGCCAAUUGUAAUUCAAAAGAUAUUGAAGGAAUGACUGCAUUAUCUGUAAGUUCACAUAAUGGACAUGCAGAUAUUGUUAAACUUCUAAUUGAUCAAGGUGUUGAUAUAAAUAGUAAAAAUUUUAAUGGCGGGACCUCACUACAUGAAGCAGCUCGUACUGGAAAUGAGGAAAUUGUUAAAAUGUUAAAAGAAGCCGGUGCUGAUGUUAACAUUGCAGAUUUUAACGGAGCUUCAGCAUUAUAUAUAAGCGCGUUUGAAGGCCAUGUAAAAGUAGUAAAAUAUUUACUGUCUGUAGAUACUAAAACUGAUAUUAAAGCUGGCAGUGAUCUAAUUCCGCUUCAUGCUGCUGUUGAAGGUAACCAUCAAGAAAUUGUUAAAAUUUUACUUGAAAAGUAUUCAGUUGAUAUUGCUGAUAAACAAAGACGUACUCCGUUGAUGAUUGCGGCUAAAUUAAAUCAUGUAGAGAUAGUGAAACAGCUAAUUAAACACGGAGCAAAUGUAAAAGCCGGAGUAAUGCAGCCUUUAGUAAUAGCAACGAUGUCUGGACACAAAAGUAUUGUAGAUAUAUUUCUAAAACAUAAAGAUAUUAAUGUGAACGAUUUAAUCCAAGGUACAAAAAUGAAUUUGUUACAUCUAGCAGUUAGUUCCAACCACAAUAAUAUUGUUGAGACAUUGAUAGCUAAUAAAGUAGAUGUAAAUGCUAAAUGUCUCCAUGGAACACCACUUUUUGAAGCAGCAGACAAAGGAUACACGGACAUCGUUAAUACUUUGUUGAAAAACAAAGCAGACCCGGAUAUUCAAGAUGAUGAUAAACGAACAGCUUUAGAGUUUGCAGUUUCAAAAGGACAUCUUGAAAUUGUUAAAUUAUUGUUUCAGCAUACUAAAAUGAAAAUAAAUAAUAAAGGAGUAAACAAUUUUACAAUGCUACACAUUGCGGCUCAGGAAGGGUGUUUAGAUGUUGUAAAAUACUUAGUUGAAAAAGGCGCAAAUGUUAAUGCUACCAAUGUUUUUGGUUCUAAACCUAUUCACAUCGCGGCUCGAGAAGGUCACAAAAGUAUUGUAGAAUAUUUUUUGAGUAUUGGAAUGAACAUUAAUAGUUCGGGUGACCGAUAUCGAACACCGUUGCAUUUCGCUGCUGGAUCAAAUAAGAAAGAAGUUGUGGAAUAUUUAAUAAGCCAGCAAGUUGAUGUCAAUAUUCGUGAUCUAGAUGGAAUAUCAUCAUUACAUAUAGCUGCUCAUUAUGGAUGUAAAGAAACUGUUGAAAUUUUGUUGAAUAAUGGAGCGGCUUACAAUAUUUUUGACAACAUCAGUAGAACACCACGAGAAAUGACUACUCAUCAUUCUGUAAUUAAAAUAUUAGCUGUCAUUGAUGAUUUAUUUAAAGCUGUCAAUAAAAAUAAUUUAGAUGAUUGUAAAAGUUUGAUUAAUCAAGGAGUGAUAAUUAACGUGGUAGAUAAAGAUUUAUUUAGUCCAUUACACUAUGCUUCUUGGCAUGGUUUUACAGAAAUAGUUAACAUCUUAUUGAUGAAUCAUGCGAAUCCUAAUAUUGCAACUAAAAAAGGUUCCACGCCUCUGCAUUAUGCUGCUAAAUUUGGACAUCUUGAUAUUGUUAAACUUUUACUAUCCUACGGCGCUAUUUACGAUGUUAAAACUAGUAAAAAUAAUAAACCAGUAGACUUAUCAGAUAAAUUAGAAAUUAUUAAAAUUAUAAAAGUAAUCGAUCAAUUAUUUCUCCAAGUAGAAGCUCGUGACACGACGGUAAUUAAAGAAUUAAGAAAAAUUAAAGCUUCUGAUAUAAAAAUGAUAACUAAUGCUCGUAAUAGCAAAAAUGAAACGUUGAUGGUUGCAGCAGCUAAUAAUAAUUUUCCGAAUAUUCAAAAUCUUAAAUUUGGAUUUCUUAAUAAUAUUUCAUUAGAUAUAAAUAAAGCUCAUAAAUUAUCUGCUCAAGAGAAAUAUUCAGAAGCUUUGAUUGUAUUUAAAUCGAUUUAUGAUAAGCAGAAAAAAAUUUUAGGGCCUGAUGAUCUAGGAAGUUUAGAUAUUAAACUGGAAAUCGCACAAUUAAAUUGCUCUCUACAUAAUUAUGAAGAAGCUUUGAAGAUUUAUCAAGAAAUUUAUAGCAAACAGUCAAAAUUGCUGGGUGUAGAUAGUAAAGACACAUUAAAAACUAGAAGUAUGAUGGGUUUAGUUUUUUAUAAAUUAGGAAGAAAUGAAGAAGCGAUUGAUAUUUAUAGAGAUACGUUUGAGAAGCAAAAAGUAUUACUGGAUGCGAAUGACGAAAAGUUACUUUACACUCAAUCUCACAUGGCAUUAGUAUUAAUGGCUUUAAAUAAAUUUGAUGAAGCUUUAAAAAUAAAUUAUGAUACUUUUAAAAAAUACAAAAUUAAAUUCGGUGCUAAUGAUCCCAGAGUUUUAGUAGUACAAAAUAAUAUAGCAAAAGUACUAGCUCAUCAGGGAAAAUAUGACGAAGCUUUGAAAACUUAUGAGGAUGUUUAUCAGUUGAGAAAGAAAGUUUUAGGACAAAAUCAUUCUGACACUUUGAGAGCUCUUCACAAUAAAGUCGAAGUUUAUGUUUUGCAAAAAAAUUAUGACCAAGCAGUUUCUUCCUGCCAACAAGUACUCGAUAUCCAAAAGAAAAUAUUGGGAUCUAAUCAUUUAGAUACUUUGAACACUCAAGUUCAGCUGGGGAAUAUACUUUUUAAACGAAACGACGUUUUUAAAGCAUUGAAAGUUUUUAAAGAAGCUUUUGAACGAAUGAAAAUAGCUAUUGGAUCAAAUCAUCCUGAUGUCUUAACUUUGUCGAAAAAUAUAACAUCUAUUUCACGAGCAUUAGAAUCUACUGGAGAUUUAAAUCAACUGAAGAAUAUUGAAAAUAAAAUUAUUUCUGAAUCAGCCAAUGACAAGAAUUUGAUUAAAUAUUUAAUAGAAAAUGGAAUGGACAUUAAUAGUAAAGAUGAGAAUGGAUUUACAUUUUUACACUAUGCAGUUAAUAAUGGUGAUAUAGAUAUUGUUAAAUUUUUGAUAAAAAAUGGCGCUAAUUGCACUUUAAGUUCAAACAAAGGCAAUACGCCAUUGCAUUGUGCCGUCUCAAAAAACAAUGAGAUAAUUGUUGACAUUUUACUGAAACACGUAAAAGAAAUGAAUAAUACUAAAUUAAAUUCGUUUAUUGAUUGCAAAACAACAGCUGGAGGAAUGACGUGCAUGCAUGUUGCGGCGAAAAAUGGUUUUGAAGGAAUUGUCAGAUUAUUGUUAAAAUAUGGGGCAACUUACGACGUGAGAAAUUUUGUUGGUAAUAAAACGCCUCUUGAUAUUUGUGAAAAUGAAAAUAUUAUUAAAUUAUUAAAAUUUCUCAAUGAACUUUUCAAUGAUUUAAAAACUAAUAAAAGCAUUAUGAUUUUUAAAUUAAAAAAACUAACGAGCAAUGAAUUAGAGAUAAUAAAAAAUGCACGUAAUAGCGAUAAUAAUACAUUAACAUAUUAGUGUAUAUAUGUUUGUUCACAUAUAUAUCUAACAACUCAUUACAAUUUUUGAAAAAAACAAUUUCUUUUUUUAGCAUGAAUAAUAAAUGUUCAUUAUU